GUCCAAUACAAGGAGACAUCCGCCCGUCGGCACAUCUACACGCAUAUAUACAACACACCCGGCUGCCUCACACGCUGAAUGCACGUAGCCAUGUUGGCUGCAGAAACAACAGAGAGCGACUCCGCGCAUAUAAACAGCAGACACAAUAUCUACAUGUCCAUCCAUGCCGUCUACAGACCCACCUCGCCCAGCGCCCCUACGUAAGCUUCUCCUCUCUGUUUCUCUACAGAUCGUAGCCCUUCAUGGUCCACGUAACGGACCCCCUGCCUUUGCUUGCAUAAGUCUCGAGCAAGAUCUCCUCUCCCGCGGCAAUCUCAGCCGUCGCCACAAUGUCAAUCCUGAAGAACCAGUCAUCCCCCGACUCCUCAUCACUUGACUCUCUGUGGUUGUCCCAUAUGCUCGACCGCUGCCCUCUGCGCCUCCGUGCCCUCUUCUUCCCUCUCCCACAGAAGAGAUGUGUCUCGGUGUCUGUCAUUGGUCUCAUGCGGCCGUCGGGCUCUCCACGCGCAUACUCACACCGCCUGCAUGGCAGGAAGAGAGAGAUACAGAGAGGGAGAGAGAGAGAGAGAUGGUGUCUCGGAGUGUGUCGUGUAUGGUCACCAUGUGACGUUGUGGGCUUCUGGCGGCGGGUGUGCGACGUUGAUGACGGCUCCGACAUGGAUGUCAGGCGAUGCCCAGAUGCACUCCCUGUCCGCCCAUAUUUUGUACAGGCGAUAGGGAGGGGUCUGACACGAAUCACCACGGGUCUGGCCGAGCCUGUUUCUCAGACACGUCAGGACGUCAUCGUCACGCAUGGCCGCCGGGAACCGGUAGCCGUCGACAGAGUGGAUGACCUCGCCCUUCUUGCGAGGCACGGCAGUGAAGAGCCCCCUCUCCGCCCUGCCGUCGUGCUUUGCCACGCUUGAAUGGUCGACGAAUGUCUUUGUCUGGUGCAGCUUGGCAAGCAGAGCCACAUAUGAGCCCGAUAGGCUGCAGUUGAGGAGAUGGUGCGGGUCGACCUCCGUGGCCAGGGGGUGGCUGCGAAAUCGCAGGGGGCUCCGACGGGGAUCCGAUGCGUCGUGCUCUUCCAAGACGUUGGGAAAGGGGGAUGGAUGGGGCUGGCGGGCAAUGCAACGCGCACGCGGCCGAGCUCCGCGCAGGCCAGCACUCUUCAUCUCUGGUGGAUGUCCGACUCCAAGGAGCAACUGCCGGAGAGUGUCUGCAACAGACACACCCACCACACGUCGGGCAGAGCACACAAUCGUGCUUGUACAUGGCCUUGCAAUGCAAACCUCGAAUAUAAUAAAUGGGAGGAAG